AUGGUGGAGGUGACGGUGACACCGCGGUCCUCGCUGGCCGACCGGCCGGUGCAGGUGCAGGUGCGGGGGCUGUCCCCCUCCCAGCUCAUCACCCUGCGGGCAUCGCUGACGGACGAGCACGGCGAGUGCUUCCAGGCGCGUGCCUUCUUCCGCGCCGACGAAGCGGGCGAGGUGGACCCCGGCCGCCACGCCGCCCUGGGUGGCAGCUACACCGGCGUCUGGCCCAUGGGGCUCUUCUGGUUCCUGCAGCCCGACACCCCCGCCCCCCGGCCCCAGCCGCUGGCCUCCUGCGAGGCUGAGCGGUGGUACGUGGGUCCCGGCAUGCAGCGGGUGCCCAUCCGGGAGGGCAGGGUCCGCGGGGCCCUCUUCUUGCCACCCGGACCGGGACCCUUCCCGGGAGUGAUCGACCUGUUUGGGGGCGCGGGCGGCCUCAUUGAGUUUCGUGCGGGGCUGCUGGCCAGCCGGGGCUUUGCGGUGCUGGCGCUGGCCUUCUUCGCCUACGACGACCUGCCCCGCACCCUGACCCAGCUCGACCUGGAGUAUUUCGAGGAGGCGGCCGAGCUGCUCCUCCGGCACCCCAAGGUGCGAGGUCCCGGCCUGGGCGUCGUCGGCGUCUCCAAAGGAGCAGAGGUGGCCCUGGCCAUGGCCAGCUUCCUCCCGCAGGUGGUGGCCACAGUGUGGAUCAACGGCACGGCCUUCCUCCACGGCAACCCGCUGGUCUACAAGGACCUCCGCAUCCCGCCCAUCCCCUACUACACCGAGCGCGUGAUCUUCACGGAGCUGGGGGCCUUGGACAACUCGGCCAUCUUCGCCGACCCCCGGGACCCCGCGUACAGCACCUCAGCCAUCCCAGCCGAGAAGAUCCGGGGAAAAGUCCUCUUUGUGGUGGGGGAGGCCGACCGCAGCUUCAACAGCAAGCUCUUUGCCGAGCUGGCCAUGGCACGGAUGCCGCCGGAGAACUGCCGCCUCCUUUCCUACCCCGGGGCCGGGCAUUUGAUCGAGCCCCCCGGCUCCCCGCUCUGCAGCAUCUCCAGCAUUCGGGGGACCCCCCGGCCGGUGGUGUGGGGAGGUGAAGCCCAAGCCCACGCCAAGGCCCAGGAGCACUCAUGGCAGGAGAUCGUCCAGUUUUUGGAGCUCCACUUGGGCCCCGCUGCCACCAUGAAGCUGUGA